AUGGCUGCUGCUGCUCAGAAACUUUUGGGCCGCUUGGGUACUAUUGGUGUCGGACUCUCCAUUGCCGGAGGAAUUGCACAGACCGCCCUUUACAAUGUUGAUGGUGGACAACGAGCAGUCAUCUUCGAUCGUUUCUCUGGAGUCAAAGAUGUCGUCAUGGGAGAAGGAACACAUUUUCUGAUCCCUUGGGUGCAGAAGCCGAUUAUCUUCGAUAUUCGGUCAACCCCAAGAGCUGUCACCACAAUCACCGGAAGCAAAGAUUUGCAAAAUGUGAAUAUCACCCUCCGUAUCCUUCACAGACCAGAUCCAGCAAAGCUUCCAAACAUUUAUUUGAACAUUGGUAUGGAUUAUGCUGAAAGAGUUCUUCCAUCUAUCACCAAUGAAGUUUUGAAGGCUGUUGUGGCUCAAUUUGAUGCUCAUGAGAUGAUCACACAGCGUGAAGUUGUUUCGCAACGGGUAUCUGUUGCUCUCGCCCAGCGCGCUGCUCAAUUCGGUCUUCUUUUAGAUGACAUUUCAAUUACUCACUUGAACUUUGGACGUGAAUUCACCGAAGCCGUCGAAUUGAAGCAGGUUGCUCAACAAGAGGCGGAGAAGGCCAGAUACUUGGUCGAGAAAGCGGAACAGAUGAAGAUUGCUGCGGUCACAACCGCUGAAGGAGAUGCUCAAGCCGCUAAGCUUCUCGCCAAGGCCUUCGCCAGUGUUGGAGAUGGACUUAUCGAAUUGAGAAAAAUCGAGGCCGCUGAAGAGAUUGCCGAGCGAAUGGCGAAGAACAAGAACGUCGUCUACCUACCUGGAAACCAGCAAACAUUGCUCAACAUUCAAUAA